AGUUCAUCUGCUUUUACCAAUCUGGGUUUAAAAACAUUAUCAAACACCUGAGGCAGGUAAAUGAGUUUCUGGAUGACGUCAUGGCGCUCUGUGGCGACUCCUUCCCGGAGCGCGCGCGCGCUUGGCUAUAGUUGACUCAUUGUUUGCGCACCAACGGCAAGAUAGUUUACAGUAGGUCGCCACAGGCAUUUCUAACCCACCUGAAUAUAACAGUAUCAGAGGUCCGGUUAGCUUUCGAAAAGAGUGAAGAUUUAAUUACAAGAACAUUUUCAACAGGUGGAUUUUCUUCUUCCAAUGGUCUAGCCGUCCGCGUACCGUGUACUUCAGUCCCCCCUCGGAUUUACAGGAGGAGCAAGCAUGCCGUUGGGACUCAGAAAAAAGAAAAACAAGUCGAAGGAAAGCUCGAAUUUAGUGGAAAAUGAGGAGGUCAGCGGACACUCGGGUGGAGGAGUCGCGAAGUCGGCGGUGAACGGUGGCGGACUCCCACCUCCACCUGCCAACCUGCGACCGAAGCUGGUGUUUCACACGCAGCUCGCCCACGGGAGUCCAACCGGCAGGAUCGAGGGUUUCACGAACGUCAAAGAGCUGUACAGCAAAAUAGCAGAAGCGUUUAAUUUAAUUCCGGAUGAGAUCCUAUUUUGCACACUCAACACUCACAAAAUUGAUAUGGAAAAAUUGUUGGGAGGUCAGAUCGGACUGGAAGACUUCAUCUUCGCUCACAUAAAAGGGAUCAAGAAGGAGGUGGAGGUGUACAAGUCCGAGGAUGCCCUUGGGCUCACCAUCACAGACAAUGGAGCAGGAUAUGCCUUUAUAAAGCGGAUUAAGGAGGGCAGCGUGAUGGAUGGGGUGAAGGUGAUCUGUAUAGGAGAUCACAUCGAGUGCAUUAAUGGAAAGAACAUCGUGGGUAUGCGGCAUUAUGAGGUGGCACGAAUGCUAAAGGAGCUGCCCAGAGAUCAGUCCUUCACCCUCAAACUAGUGGAGCCCAUGAAAGCCUUUGAGAUGCUUGAACCAAGGUCAAGGGGAGGUGGAGCCAAAUCCUCAGGAGAGAACAAGAUGGGCUCGGGCAGAGAAACCUUACGAUUGCGCUCUAAGGGUCCUGCAACAGUCGAGGAGAUGCCCUCAGAGUAUGAAGAGAAUGCAGUGAAGAAAGUUGAUGACCUUCUUGAAAGUUACAUGGGCAUUCGAGACCUUGAAUUGGCGGCAACGAUGGUUGAGGUGGGCAAAGACAAGAAGAACCCUGAUGAGUUUGCCAUGUCUCUGGAUGAAGCCCUUGGUGACUUUGCCUUCCCUGAUGAGUUUGUGUUUGAUGUCUGGGGAGCUAUUGGUGAUGCCAAACAAGGACGGCUUUAAAGUGACGCUAUGCACACACACCCAAUUAAAUGUGCUCAUGACAAGGGGGACUGUUCAGAAACGUGCAUUUUAUAGCUAGUUGCAUACUGAACAUGUGAAUUAUGUGAUCAACAAGAAUGUUUUUACAAAUAAAUAAAUAGCACCACUGUAUUGUUCUUUACAUACAGCCUUUUAAAGAAAGCUUUAGGCAUUUAGGCACAAGGUUUAGCCUAUCAGCAGGAGAUUUUAGCAAAUUUGUGUGGGUAGCAUUUAUAAACGAUGCUGGGAGUAUAUCAUAUUUAACACAAGCCAAGGGAAAGGGUGAUGUUUCAGACACUCCUUUGCAUAUAGAAAAUUUUGUAUAGAAUUUUGAUAUACAUUAGAUAUAUUUGAAUGUUUUAAUUUAUUUUGUGUUCAUGAAAACCUUUAAACGGAACAUCUUAAAUAGCUGAUUUCCAUCAUGUCUCAUCGUCAUUUACAGUUUGGCAAUUAGCAUUUAACAACAAUAAUACUGCCAACCAUGCCGUUUAGUUUUAGUAUAUUGCAAAGUAAUUGAGGAGCUCAGAUGCAAAAGCCCCUAAACGCCACAUACGUCAAAAAUGUGAGAAUGAUAAUAACCGCAUGCUCUUAACACGUACCAUAAUCAAAUACUUUAGCUUUAAAUCUGCCAUUUAUAAAAGCCGCUAUGUUGGCAAAAUCCAUUUAGUUUAUUACAAAGAAACGUGUCAGAUUCAUUAAGUGUGUUUUGCAUCUAAGCUCUUCAAUUGCAAUCACAUUUUGUCUGAUAGAUGUACGUUUUUGUGUGCCUCCACUGUUAUGUCGACAAUUUCAUUUUUAUGAACAAUUUCUGUUGUGCUCAAAUAACAGGUGAAAAAGAAAAUUACUUUGUAAACCUGAUCAUUCACUAUGAUAAAUAAAACUGUUACCAUUCCA